AUGAUUCAUAGUCGGACAUAUCCUCUCUAUCUCUCAAUAGUAACAACACCACUACCAAACCAAAACAACAACAAAUACGACUCUCUCAAUAGUAACAACACCACUACCAACCAAAAUAACAACAAAUACGACUCUCUCAAUAGUAACAACACCACUACCAACCAAAACAACAACAAAUACGACUCUCUCAAUAGUAACAACACCACUACCAACCAAAACAACAACAAAUACGACUCUCUCAAUAGUAACAACACCACUACCAACCAAAACAACAACAAAUACGACUCUCUCAAUAGUAGCAACACCACUACCAACCAAAACAACAACAAAUACGACUCUCUCAAUAGUAACAACACCACUACCAACCAAAACAACAACAACAAACACGACUCUCUCAAUAGUAACAACACCACUACCAACCAAAACUACAACAAAUACGACUCUCUCAAUAGUAACAACACCACUACAAACCAAAACAACAACAAAUACGACUCUCUCAAUAGUAACAACACCACUACCAACCAAAACUACAACAAAUACGACUCUCUCAAUAGUAACAACACCACUACCAACCAAAACAACAACAAAUACGACUCUCUCAAUAGUAACAACACCACUACCAACCAAAACUACAACAAAUACGACUCUCUCAAUAGUAACAACAUCACUACCAACCAAAACAACAACAACAACAACAAAUACGACUCUCUCAAUAGUAACAACACCACUACCAACCAAAACAACAACAAAUACGACUCUCUCAAUAGUAACAACACCACUACCAACCAAAACAACAACAAAUACGACUCUCUCAAUAAAAAUAUAUACAAUAGAACAAGUAAAAGCCGAAGUAAAUGUCUUGUUCAUAGGUCCAGAGAACCUUUUGCGGUCAUACUGGUAGUUGGAUCACAGAAGAAGAAGAAAGAGGAGAGGAAAAGGAAUUAA